GAUCCAACGUCUAAUUAUAUGAUCGUUAUGAAGUACUACGAAAGCGGCAACUUAUACCAAUACCUUGAUCGCCAUAAUGGGAUUCUUUCUUGGAAAGAUAUAAUAGGUAUAUUACAGGGAUUCGCUAGAGGUCUUGAAAGAAUUCAUAUUGAAGGAGAAAUUCAUAAAAAUCUUCACGGAGGAAAUUUACUUAUUGAGGAUGAUAAAAUCUCAACUGACGCACGUAUUGGAGAUGUGGGCCUUUAUGGACCAAGCUAUAUUAUUAAAAAUGAAAAUCCCAAUAAAAUUUAUGGGGUUUUGCCAUACGUUGCACCGGAAGUUUUACGUGGUAAAAAUUACAGUACCGCUUCCGACAUAUUUUCAUUUGGUAUUAACAUGAAUACUCUUGCAACUGGGCAAAGGCCUUGGUAUAAUAGAGCACACGACUAUAAUUUGGCAAAAGAUGUAUGUAACGGUUUAAGACCUGCAAUCUCAGAUGAUACACCAAAAUUUUAUGCAGAUUUAAUGGAACAAUGUUGGGAUGAUGAACCAGAUAAACGACCAACUGCAUCUCAUAUA